AGCCAGGUGCAGAGCUGUGGAGGAGCAUGGAGCAGCCCAAGGCGGCGCGCGGCGCGCGUGGCUGGAAGGUGGCGGCGGCGGCGACGGCGCUGGCAGUGAGUGUGACCACGCUGUGCCUCAGCAUCCUGCUGGAAGGAUCCGUGGAUCUGGUCUACCUCAGCUUUGCCUGCCAGCCCACAGGAGAGACCAGCUUUGAGCACACCGUGGAGCUGCAAGGAAUCACGUUCAACAGCAGCUUACAGACUGAGAACUCAGACUACUACAGGGUGCUGACACCUGCUCUUGAGAGGCUGUUCCUGUCCAGUCUCCAGGACUCCCAGCUGGACUGGAGCUGCACUGGCUGCACCAUCCUGGGCUACNNNNGGAAUGGAAACUCCAGCGUGAUCGUCCGUUUUCGGCUCCGCUUCGCCCCGCAGGACUCCCAGGCCCUGAGCUCCACCUUGGAGGAGGAAGCUCUCAGACAUGGGCUGGCAGCUGCCCUGCCCCAUCAGGGGCUCUCCCUGGCUGACUAUGGGACCAUCUCCUCAGCUUCUCUUACAGGUCCCAGCAAGGUUUCUUCCCACAGACCUGGGCUGAAAUCAGGGAGCUGCCCUGGAUUCACUUGUCACAACACCCAGUGCAUGUGGAGAAACCCUGAAUGCAACAGCCAAACAGGCUGUGCUGAUGCCUCUGAUGGAAGGGGCUGUGACUGUGGGAGCCGCCCUGCCAUGCAGACUGCCAGCAGGAUAGUGGGAGGCUCAGAGGCAUCCCGAGGGGAGUUCCCAUGGCAAGUCAGUCUGCGGGAGAACAACGAGCACUACUGCGGCGCCGCGAUCCUCACGGAGAAGUGGCUGGUGUCUGCUGCUCACUGCUUCACCGAGUUCCAGGACCCAGCCAUGUGGGCAGCUUACACGGGCACCACCUCCCUGCGAGGCUCCGAGAGCGGCGCGGUGAAAAUGGGCAUUGCCCAGAUCAUCCCCCACCCCCUGUACAACGCCGACACGGCCGACUACGACGUGGCUGUGCUGGAGCUGAAGAGGCCUGUGACCUUCACCAAGUACAUCCAGCCCGUGUGCCUGCCAGAUGCUGGCCACCACUUCCCCACCAGAAAGAAGUGCCUCAUCUCGGGCUGGGGCUACCUCAAGGAGGAUUUCUUGGUGAAACCUGAGUUCCUGCAGAAAGCCACAGUGGAGCUGCUGGAUCAGAACCUGUGCUCCAGCCUCUACAGCCACGUCCUCACAGACAGGAUGAUGUGUGCUGGCUACCUGGAGGGGAAAGUUGACUCCUGCCAGGGUGACUCUGGUGGGCCCCUGGUGUGCCAAGAACCAUCUGGCAGGUUCUUCCUGGCAGGAAUCGUGAGCUGGGGAAUUGGAUGUGCUGAAGCCAGGAGGCCUGGGGUUUACACACGUGUUACCAAGCUCAGAGAUUGGAUUUUGGAUGCUAUUUCUCCCCUCCCCACCUCCAUAGCCCACAAUGUCCCUCCAGUACACUCCAGUACUACCAGUGACAUGGUCAGGGCUGAAGAACUCAACACCAGUCCCAGAACCUCAGCAGCCCCAGGUGCCAGCAAGCCAGUGACUGCAGUGAGACCACAAGAGUGUGGAGGACGACCUGGGUUCUCCAAGCCCAGCAAGAUCGUGGGAGGAACAGAUGCUUCCAGAGGAGAGAUCCCCUGGCAAGUCAGCCUGAAAGAAUACUCAAGCCACUUCUGUGGAGCCACCAUCAUCGGGGACCGCUGGCUGCUGUCAGCAGCUCACUGCUUCAAUGAGACAGACCCAGAGGAGAUCGAAGCCUACGUGGGAACAACAUCCCUGAACGGCACAGAGGAGGAUGCAGUGAAAGUCAAUGUGACAAGAGUGAUCCUACAUCCCCUCUUCAACCCCAUGAUGCUGGACUUUGAUGUGGCUGUGCUCGAGCUGGCAACACCUCUCACCUUCAACAAAUACAUCCAGCCUGUGUGCCUCCCACCUGCUGAGCAGAACUUUCCUGUGGGCAAGAAGUGCCUCAUUUCUGGCUGGGGGGACCUCCAGGAGGGCAAUGGCACCAAGCCUGAGACCCUGCAGAAAGCCUCUGUGGCCAUCAUAGACCAGAACACCUGUGACUUCCUCUACAACUUCUCCCUCACCGACAGAAUGAUCUGUGCUGGAUUCCUGGAGGGGAUGGUAGACUCCUGCCAGGGAGACUCAGGUGGGCCCUUGGCCUGUGAGGUGACUCCAGGAGUGUUCUACCUGGCUGGCAUUGUGAGCUGGGGCAUUGGCUGUGCCCAGGCUAUGAACCCUGGUGUGUACUCCAGAGUCACCAAACUCACAGACUGGAUCCUGGACACUAUCUCCCAGUUGCCCAGUCCUGGCACAGGCAUCCCUUCCAGUUCAGCCACCACGAGAACAUCCACCACAGCCACCACCCAGCCCAGCACAACAACUGCAAGUCCAGUCAGGAAAACCACGGUGGGAAUGAACACAACCAUGAGUGAAACCUCCACAGCUCUGAGAACAACUGAGCCUCCCAAGCCCCCCCAUGCCCCAGUGGUGCCUUGUACCAGCUCCACCUUCUCGUGCUCCAGCAAGGUGUGUAUUGGGAAAGAGAACCCUGAGUGUGAUGGUGUUGUGGACUGCAGCAACGGCUUCGACGAGCACGACUGUGACUGUGGCUCCACAGCUGCUCUGGCCUCCAGCAAGAUCGUGGGAGGCAGCAGUGCAUCUCGAGGAGAAUGGCCCUGGCAGGUCAGCCUGUGGCUGCGGCGGAAGGAGCACAAGUGUGGGGCUGUCCUCAUCGCCGACCGCUGGCUGCUCUCUGCAGCUCACUGCUUCGACAUUUACAGUGACCCCAAAAUGUGGGUGGCCUUUCUAGGAACCCCCUUCCUGAGUGGCACGGAUGGCAAGAUGGAGAAGAUAUUCCGUAUCUACAAGCAUCCCUUCUACAACGUGUACAGCCUGGACUACGACGUGGCACUGCUGGAGCUCAGCACACCCAUCAGGUUCACCAGCACCAUCAGGCCCAUAUGUCUCCCAGCCAGCACACACGUCUUCCAUGAAGGGGCCAGAUGCUUCAUCACAGGCUGGGGCUCCACAAAGGAAGGAGGUACCAUGGCAAAGCACCUGCAAAAAGCAGCAGUGAAUGUGAUUGGAGACCAGGCCUGCAAAAAGUUCUACCCUGUGCAGAUCAGCAGCAGGAUGGUGUGUGCUGGCUUCCCUCAGGGCACCGUCGACAGCUGCUCAGGUGAUGCAGGUGGACCCCUGGCGUGUAAAGAACCCUCAGGGAAGUGGUUUCUGGCAGGAAUCACAAGCUGGGGCUAUGGCUGUGCCAGGCCAUACUUCCCUGGUGUCUACACCAAAGUCACAGCUGUCCAGGGCUGGAUUGUGCAGAACCUCAAGCUCUGAAGCUGCAUUUCACCACUCAGGGAAGGCUGUGGACGAGGAGUGACAGAGGAGGCACUAACCCCUCAGCUGUGGUACUUUUUCUGAUGCUGCAAAGGGGUGAAGAUGGCCUUGCAGGUACUAAGCAAAUGCCAAUGUGUGUGACCUGCUGGGUGUGCCACCAGGGCAUUUGGUAACUGCUUUGCAUAGAAAAGUACAAAUUUUAGCCAUUUUCUAUAAAUAAAUGAGGCCUGUCCCAUC